UUUUGUUGAAGCGAGAAUCAGAGAAAGAGAGGAACUUUAGUAAAUCCCAGAUCACAAAUUUCUCAGAGAACAAAAGAGCUGUAAUAAUGGAGAUGAACAUGAGCUUUUCACAUGAUAUUGAUGAUGAAUAUGAGAAAUUCAUCAGAAGAAUGAAUCCACCCAGGGUGGUGAUUGAUAAUGAAACCUGCAAGAAUGCAACUGAGAUACGAGUUGAUAGUGCAAACGAACAUGGAAUCCUUCUUGAAGUUGUGCAGAUCCUUACUGAUCUUAACCUUAUCAUUACUAAAGCUUACAUAUCCUCUGAUGGAAAUUGGUUCAUGGAUGUUUUUAAUGUUACUGAUCAAGAUGGAAAUAAAAUCUUAGAUGAAGGGAUUCUAGAUUAUAUCAAGAAGUCUAUGGGGCCUGAAUCUUGUAUCCCAUCAUCAAUGAGAUCUGUUGGGGUGAAGCAAUCGAUGGACCACACUGCAAUCGAGUUAACUGGGAGUGACAGACCCGGAUUGUUAUCUGAAGUGAGUGCUGUCCUUAGGCAUCUUAAAUGCAAUGUAGUGAGCGGUGAAGUGUGGACGCACAACACUCGUGUUGCAGCUGUGAUGCAAGUGACUGACGAAGAAACGGGAACUGCAAUCACCGAUCCUGAAAGGCUCUCUGGGAUAAAGUCGCUUCUUUGCAAUUUACUCAAGGGAAGCAACAAAUCCAGCUUGGCCAACACUGCGGUCUCUAACUCGGUCACACAUACCGAGAGAAGGCUUCACCAGAUGAUGUUUUCUGAUAGGGAUUAUGAACGAAUGAGCAAUGAUGUCUUGGAUGAUAGGCAAGGGCCUAAUGUGGAUGUUGUUAAUUGGUAUGAUAAGGACUAUUCAGUGGUUACCAUUAGGUGUAAAGAUAGACCAAAACUCCUCUUUGAUACGGUUUGCACCUUGACAGAUAUGGACUAUGUAGUGUUUCAUGCAAAUAUUGGUACUGAGGGUCCAAAUUCUUAUCAGGAAUAUUACAUUCGGCAUGUAGACGGAUAUCCUGUGAAAUCAGAAGCAGAGAGACAGAGAGUAACUCAGUGUCUCGAAGCAGCAAUCGAGAGAAGGGUAUCUGAGGGUUUGAAGCUUGAGCUUUGCACGACAGACAGAGUUGGAUUACUGUCGGACGUUACACGCAUCUUCAGGGAGAAUAGCCUCACAGUCACCCGAGCCGAAGUGACAACGAAAGAAGGCAAAGCUGUGAAUACAUUCUACGUCCGUGAUGCUUCAGGGUACCCGGUUGACACUAAAACAAUUGACUCGAUCCGCGAAGUGAUAGGCCGGACUAUACUAAAAGUUAAAGGCUCCCCUGAAGACCUAAAAUCAGCUCUUCAGGAAUCUCCAACCAGGUCCCUUUUCGGUGGUCUCUUCAAGUCAAAAUCUUUUGUCAAUUUCAGCUUGGUUAGGUCCUAUUCUUAAGGAAUAGUACAUUCAAACCCCUCCACCUGUAAAUAUUAAAACAGCAUCCCAUUUAGGAAUCAUUUAUCUC